AUGUGCGCUAAAUCCUCACAAGUAGCAAGAAAAUCAGUCGGUUCCUCAGUCUCAAAAGCAGCCAAAGAGGCAGUUUCGAAGAAAAAGAAGAAGUCGAAGAAAUCAAAGAAACGGACUCUCGACCUGAUCAUCGACGAAGAAGUGCCGCCUAUUAAAGUCCCAAAAAUUGACGCAGAUGACUUCGAUCUUGUCGAUUCCUAUCAAGAGACCGUCGAAAAUGGAGAGACCGUUCAGAUAUUCGAUAGUUUUCUUCAGUUUUCCAAGUCUCAUCGAAAAAAGCUGCGAAAAAAAGUUGGCGAGGGGAAGUUCACUGUUGAGGGCGAGUACUACGUCUUCGAGAAAUCGCCUGGCUAUCCGAAAUCAAAAGUAAAAGCGGAACUUUUCAACGGCAUGGGGCCAUCUUGGAAGGACAUGCCGAAACCUGCAUGGAAAAUCGCUCAAGAACAGAAAGAAGUAGACUGUAAACCAGGAAAAAACGACAAAAUAAAGCUCCGUGACGUAGAAGCUUAUGAAGAUCCAAAACCGAAAGAAUUCAAAUUAUUCUCCAACGAAGAAAUUCUUCUCUAUACUGAUCCUCCUCUCGACUUCUUCAAGCUCUUCGAAAAUGGCGACUUUUACGAGAGCGCAAAGCUGCUCGUUUUCCCUUCAGAAGAAGAUGGGUCACUCAAAAGAGGCAUCUCAGCAAAAAAUUAUCGAAAGCAUUCCACUUUGCUUGCAGAUUGCCCCGAUAUUCCACCAGAGAUGUUUUUCUAUGAAAGAACUGUUCCUUUCACGCCUGAAAAAUGCUCUUUAUUGCCGAAAAACUACGAUCCCGAAAAACUUCAAGAGAGCCUUGAACUUGUGGUUACUUCCACUACAGCUGGUAUCAAAACUGUGAUGGCAAGGCCUGAUGAUCAUCCAAAAGGGAAAGACGGGCUCGAAAGUCUCACAAAUACUCUUCUCAAGGUGAACAAGAAGCUGGAUCUGAUGCAGAAACGACUUGAUAACGGAUCUCUUCACUUUCUUGGGCACGAGCCUUGGCGAAUCCUCGAUAAAUCAACAAAAAUCAUGGCGAUCCGAGCUGCUCUUCAAUCAUAG